GAUUGUACGAUACCCCAACACUGACUAACUUGGUGAGUCGGUUCUUUCCACAGCAUUCAGUUGUUUCUCCUCAGUCUCGGAUGUAUCUCUGUACGAGACCGUCGGCUUACGCUCCACACAUGAUCUAACGCGGAUACUGUCAAAUGUCGUCGCUUAUACUUGUUAUUUAUUCGUGAUUUUGUUUAUAAUUAAUUAAUUCAAUUAGUGACUCAUUUGUUGAUCGAUGGAUUUUAUUGUUGAUGUUAAUUAUUGUCAGGACUUAUGGUUGUUAUAAAUUGUAUAUUAAAGGACAAGUUGCGUUCGUGUGUGAUAAAUAAGUUACAUGUCCGACGGGAAUUAUUUAAACUAGUGCGUGAGAUAUGAAUAAUUAUUUUUUUCUGCUUAAAUGAUUAAACACAAAAGAAUUUAAAAUUUGUGGAUUUUAUCGAGCGAUAUGCAACUUAUGAGAUGGAGCAUAACGAGAGGCUUAGAGAAUCGAAAUAUCAAGCGACGGGAUUCGAAAAACUGGCAGCAAGAUAGUAAUGGGAUUAAUCAAUCGCGAUUACCUUCGCCACGAUAUUCUGAGGACGACAAUGAAACGGGAUCAGAGGGUGAAGAUAGCAGUGGUGGAGUUAACGUAAGCGAGUCAGCUGUUGAUUUAACUUCAAAUCGAUCUCAUGUUGAGGAUGAGGAUGAACGUGAGCCGGAUGAAUUGCCGAUGGAGGAGGACGAUGAGGAGGUGGUGGACGAGCAAGAAGAUCAGGAUGAGGACGAGGAAGGUUCACGUAAGCAAAUACGAAAUCGUCAGGAUGCUGAGAAUAAUAAUAGUUUUAUCGAAAGUGGAACAACGAGCGGGUUAUUUGCAGUGCCCGCGGGUACGAGUCAUGUUACCCUUGAAGCACUACAAAAUACCAAAGUCGCAGUGGCACAGUUUGCAGCAACGGCACUUGCCGGUGGCGCGGAUAGUGAAGCAGCGUUACAAGACUUAGCAUUAUUGCAAAGUACGCUUUAUACUCUCCAGCAUCAGCAGGUGUUUCAAUUGCAAUUGAUUAGUCAGCUACAGCAACAAUUGUCGAUAACACAUACUGGUGGUCCAGGUCAACCGGGUGCUGUGCCAGCAGGUGUUGUAUCUGGUGAAUCAAUUACCGAACCAAAAGAAUUAUCCACGCCACCGUCUCCGUCUUUGCACCACCAAAAAUCAUCAAUAUCAAUCUCCAGUUUGAAUUCUCCGCCAUCAUCUCGACCCGCAAGUCAUCAUCCACCGUCAUCGCCGCUCAACGUACCAGUCGUAUGCCAUCCAGAACGUCCAUCCGGUUCAACGAGUACAUCUCCGAUAAGUCUGACGAUUCCCACAGUACCUGGGAUCGUAAAUUCAACGUCGACGUCCGUACCAUCGUCCACCUCAGCAAUCACCUGCACAACGGCUAGUAAUACCUGCGCGAUUGGCCAGACACCGGUUUUGUCACAGCAUCAAAUGCCGGCACUGUGCUCAAUAAGCUCGUCCCUCGCCUCGUCCAUCAUCACCAACAAUGAUCCAAUGCCGCUGAAUGAGCCAAACACGCUGGAGAUGCUGCAAAAACGCGCCCAAGAAGUGCUGGACAACGCGAGCCAAGGUCUUCUUGCAAACAACCUGGCGGACGAAUUGGCGUUUCGCAGUGGGAAAAGCGGCUCACGUUUAUCACCGUAUGAUUCAAAAUCCGGCGGCGGUAGGGGCGAACCAUUCUUCAAGCACCGAUGCCGGUACUGCGGCAAGGUCUUCGGCAGCGAUUCAGCCCUUCAGAUCCACAUAAGGUCCCACACAGGUGAGCGUCCUUUUAAGUGCAACGUCUGUGGAAGCCGAUUCACCACCAAGGGAAACCUCAAGGUCCACUUCCAGAGGCACACGGCCAAGUUUCCGCACGUUAAGAUGAAUCCAAAUCCCGUGCCUGAACACCUCGACAAGUACCAUCCUCCUCUGCUCCAGCAGCUCGCGGCUUCCGGUCAGAGACCCCUUCCGUCACCUCCACCACCCUCAGCGGCACCGCCUACCGCGGGCUCGGUUCCCUCACCUCAUCACGCCUCGUUUCACCCAGCCUCAACUCACGGUUUUCUCCCUCCCCAACAUCACCCACAACCUUCUUUACCCCUGAGUCUUGCCCUACCGGCCGCCGCAGCAGCAGCCGCAGCCGCUGCUGGUAUGCCACCAACCCUUUACCACCGAGGACCAAUCGUUAAUCAACGCGACGAUCAGGAUCUACCGGAGAACCUUAGUAAAUCUACUACUACUGCUAGUACUACUACUACUACUACGACUAAUAAUAAUAAAAAUAAUAAUAAUAACAGUAAUAAUAUUAAUAAUAAUAAUGAUAAUAAUAAUAUUUAUAGUAAUAGUAAUAACGAUAAUAAUAAUAGUAAUGUACCGCCACCACCACCACCACCGCCACCAUUACCACCACUUUCACUACCACCGUUAUUACCAUCACAACCACCAAUAGUCUCAAUCUCAACCGCUACCACCACAAUGACUACUACGACAGCGGCUUCAACGUCUACAUCACCGUCUAUGUUAAUGCAUUCACCCAAGUCGCCUGUCAACACAAAUAACGCGUCAACAAUAACAAACGCGAUUUUUUCACAAAAUUCUUCCCAUCUUGCUCAUCCUUGUCUUAUUGAUAGACAACGAGAGGAGAUGAAACGUGAACAGCUGUCUCCACCUCCUCAAUCCAAUAGGCCUGACGAUAACAUAAGUCAGGGUCCUGAUGAUUUGACGACAGCGACGAUGACCGAGACGACGAUGACCCAGACGACGACGGCAACAACGACAACACCACCGACAAUCAUGCCAAAACGAGAGCCUGAAGAUCCAACAGAUGAAGAACAGCCGGAAGAUGAAAUUGAUGAAUUUGAUCCACCUUCGCCGAGACGGUAUCUGGAUAGGUCAUCGCCGUUGAUGAUGUCCAAUCAAAAUGUGAUGGCCAUGGGGCAUUUACAAUCCUAUGAAGACUGCAGUAUGGACAGCAAAAUGAGCGGAAGACUAGAGCCAGACGGUGAUAUGGACGGUGAUGAAGAGAUGGAAGAACAGCCGGAAAAUUUAUCUGGUCGAGGUAGCAAUAUGUGUCAUCAACAAUCUGUGGGUUAUCAUCAUCCUGGUGCGUCUCCGGCAAGUAGUACUGCCAGCAGUGGAAGUUUACAAACGUCAUUUGCUGGGUUGUUAUUUCCUACAGCGCCGCCUGGUCAUCAUCAGCACAUGCCACCGUUUAUUCCAACCUCUAGUUCAAUAACUCAUGGUACAAAUAUUCCUGGUCACGAGUCAAUGAUUAUUGAUCCGUCAAAAGAUCCAGCAAUUUAUUCAAAUUUAUUACCGAGGCCCGGUAGUAAUGAUAAUUCCUGGGAGAGUCUUAUUGAAAUAACAAAAACAUCAGAGACGUCGAAAUUGCAACAAUUAGUGGAUAACAUUGAACACAAACUGACGGAUCCAAACCAAUGUGUAAUUUGUCAUCGUGUAUUAUCAUGUAAGAGUGCAUUACAAAUGCACUACAGAACGCACACAGGUGAACGGCCAUUUAAAUGUAAAAUAUGUGGACGGGCUUUUACAACAAAAGGGAAUUUAAAAACGCAUAUGGGUGUACAUCGUGCUAAACCACCGCUUCGAGUACUUCAUCAGUGUCCGGUUUGUCAUAAAAAAUUCACAAAUGCACUUGUGCUGCAGCAACACAUACGACUGCACACGGGUGAACCAACAGACUUAAGCCCUGAGCAAAUUCAAGCCGCAGAGGUUAAUGACUUCCCACCGGGUUAUCCUCCGCAUCCACUGGCAUCAUUUCUACCACAAGGUUUCCCAGGACUGCAUCAUCAUCCAGCGGGCGGUGGAUUCACCCUGGGAUUUCCACCAACACGGCAUCCAGCUCUCGAGCGACAUUUGCACGAUAAUGAUAUGGAUAUAAAGGACAUGAAUAUUUAUCACGCGAAAAAUUUACAAUUUCACAAUCCGUUCCAGCACCCAAGAGGUUCGUACUUGGACGAACACUCGGAGGACAUGGAGGACCAGGACGAGGAUGAUGAAGACCGACGUGAUGACGACGAAAGAUCCGAAGAUUUACGAGAACCGAUGAAUCGGCGUCCCUCGACGACUGAUAUUGAGGACGAUAACGACGUUAAUGAGAGAGAUGAGACUAAAGAAUCACCGUCAAUGAUAAUGCCACCGUGUUUUUCUACCUCGCUAGCGGCAUUGGAAAACCAAGUACGUACAAUAACAACAGUAGCUACUGGCGGAUUAGCAAUUCCGGGUGGAUUAGCAACACCAGGUUCAACGUCACCACUAGAUCGUUACAAUUGUAGUGAAAAAAGCACCAGCCCAUCAAGCUCAAUAGCCGGUGGACCACUUGAUUUAACUCCUCGCGCCUCAUCCACCCCUGGCUCCGUGGUAUCCACAUCAACACCACCACCACCACUACCAACACCAUUAUCACUACCACCACCACCACCAACGCUGCAACAUCAUCCGCAUCCUUUCGGAAUGUUUGCAGGCCUAUUGCAGGCAGUAACAUCCUCACCUUCGUCUUCGGUUCAAGUGAACAACAACACCACCACCACCACUACCACCACCGUCAACAGCAGUACCAACUUAAAUAUUGUCAACACCAAUAGCAACAGCAAUAGCAACAGCAUUCAAACAACGGCUUCUGGCGUUACUAUUAACAACGUAUCGACGUCAAUAAAUGCUGUUAGUCCAUCUGGUAAUAGUAGUACUGGUGGAGGAGCACUUGCAUCGUUAACAACAUCCGCUGUACUCGCUGCAUCCUCGACCUACAAUCCGCUCGGCCUCGCUGUUGGAGGGCCAGCAGUACGUGGCAACACAACGUGUAAUAUCUGCUACAAAACGUUUGCGUGUAACUCCGCACUGGAGAUACACUAUCGGAGUCACACGAAGGAGCGCCCGUUCAAAUGCACCAUUUGCGACCGCGGCUUCUCGACAAAGAGUGACGACACGAUGAUAAGAACGUGUAACUGUUCGGAAACCCAAGAGCCAGAAGUUAAGCCGAAACGCAACAGACGACGGAGGACCGAGGAGAAGAAAUCCCGGGGGUGGUCAUCAGGAAACGGAGGCCGGUGGGCUUUAACUUCUACCUGUGCUCCUACUGCAUCAGUCCACUUGCCCCCGUUGAUGCCACCCGCCCUCGGACUUCUUACCUCGGACCACGUCUUCCUGGGCAACAUGAAGCAACACAUGCUUACACACAAAAUAAGAGACAUGCCUGCGCAUUUGUUCACCGAUGGCAAACCGCCUGGAUCUCAGCUUCCGUCGCAGCAUCUCUUGCAAGACCAGGAAAACUCACAAAGUUCGUUGAUAAACGACGACUCGAGUCUUCCUCCACCACCACCACCACCACCACCUCCACCGCCACCGAUCCCGCCGCCGAUGCCGCCAGUCGAGUCGAUGCCUCCCAUAAAACGGUCACCUCCUGAGGGUGACCUUCCCGCGCCAAAGAGACCUAGCAUGUCCAGCAAGCACUUGUGCCAGGUUUGCAAUAAGAAUUUCUCGUCAUCCUCGGCGCUGCAAAUCCAUAUGAGAACGCAUACUGGUGACAAGCCCUUCCGAUGCACCGUCUGCCAGAAGGCCUUCACCACCAAGGGCAAUCUUAAGGUUCACAUGGGGACACAUAUGUGGACGAACGGAGCUUCACGUCGAGGUCGCAGAAUGUCACUGGAUCUGCCUCCGCUGCCCAUCACACCCAAGGACUCGGAGUUUCUUCAGCGACGACCGGACCUCUUUUAUCCAUAUCUACCCGCGCCCUUCCUUAAUGGUGUUCAGCAAAAAUUGAACGAGAUAUCAGUGAUACAAAGUAACAACGGCCUACCAGGAACGCAUCCAGUAAAUGCCAGCAAAUACGCAGGUCUGUUCGGAACAAUGUACGGUGGCGCUCCUGGUGGAUUCCCGAUGGAAAAACCGCCAAUGGCGCCCAGUAACGGACCAAUGGGGGACGGAAAACCCGUGAUACCUUCGGGGUCAAUGCUCUUCCAAACACCCUCGCCGUCUCACUCCCCAGGUACGCCGUCUUCCAACACCGGGAACCAGAAUUCCGCCAGUGUACCCGCCUGGAGUGGGGAGACUCUUCAGCAUCACUUCGACCGCGAGGGUCCGUCCUCGAGAUCCGAAAACGACUCAACGCCACCUGCCGCCCGAAUGCCAGCAUCUGCGCCCAGAGGCGAAGGACUGGCCGCGUGAAAUUUAUUCACAUAUUUUCAUUAAAUCAUUAUCAUCAAUAUGGUCAUUAUUAUUAUUAUUAUUAUUAUCAUUAUUAUUACUAUUAUUAUUUUAUAGUUACUUUUUCCGGUUUUUUGUUUGUCGUCGUGCAUUUCCUUAAAAACAGAAACUUCCCAAAUUAAUUCCUAAAAAAAAUAACUUUUAAACUGCAUUUUCCUUAUACACUCAAAGUAUUGUGCGAGUGAGUAUGCGUGUAUGUGUGUGUGUGUGUGUGUAUGUAUAUGUUUGAAUUAAAAAAUUUUUAAGGACAUGCUCCUUCCUACAACACUAGUCUAAACAUUGUGAGAUAAAUCGUCAAGCUUUUCUUUUAAUAAUUUAUUCAAACAAAAAAAAAAGCUCUUGCGACAUUUAAUUGAUUAAAUUCCGAAAAAAAAGAGACAAGAUGAAAUUAUAAAGCUACAGCGCCUAGACUGAGCUUAGGUUAAUUAAAUGAUUUUAUUUAUUAUACUUACGAAAAGAAAAAAAAAAGGACUUGAGCCGCAAGACACGUGGCGCUGUAGAUACGAUUGCACUUGACGCUUUUGACCGUCCAAUGCGUCAUUAAUGGGUCAAAUGUAUUGUAUUAGAUUGAUAAAAAAAUUAAGGAUAAUUUAUAAAGUAACAUUUACUUGAAAUGUUACUAUAAAUGUAUAAAUAAAUAUAUAAUAUAAAUAAUAAAUAAAUAUAAAUGUAUAAAAAACAAAUAUACGUAUGUAUGUAUACAUGUCGAACGCGUUGAUUGAGUGAUACCGAAUUUAAUAGUAAUUGUAAUGUGUAAUGUAUGGAGAAGUAAUUAAAUAUUAUUAUUAUUAAUUAUUAUUAUUGUCACUAUUAUUAUUAUAAUAAAUGAUAAACAAAUGGCGUGAAUGUGUCGAGUGAUAAAACGCGUUUUAAUAUGUAUAUAUAUAUUUAUGGUAUAUUUAUGAUAUGAAAAGACAGGCAAGUUCUUGUAAGUUGAGGCCGGCCCGGCGAUGCCCCUCGCUGUGAUAUAAGAGGAGCAGCCUGCAAUCUCUAAACCAAUGUACUUAUAUUUCUGUACCAUAGUAUUAUCACUAUUAUAAUUAUUAUAAUGAAAUAUUAAUUGAUUAAUUAAUUAAUUGAUUAUUGAUUAAUUAUUAUAUACAUAUGUAAUAUUAAUUGAUACAUAUUAUGCUGGGUUAAUGUAUCCAUCAACACUGUAGUGCAGUGCAAUCAAUAAUUGCAUCUAUGUACAGACAAAAUUAUUAUGAUUUUAUCUUUGUUAAAUAUUAACAAAAAAUUAAACUGAAAAAAAAUAUUAUUUUUUCGUUUUAUUUUUUUUCCUUUUUUUUUUUAUUUCAGGGAUUUUUUUGAAAAUACACAGUCAAAAUAUACAAUCAGAUCAUUUAUCAUUCAGUUUUAUGUGGUCAUAAAUGAUCAUAUAGGAACAUAUAUGUUAGUAGGUGUUAUAUAUGAUCAUAUAUGACCAAA